UAUUACUCUUUAUAAUUAUCAUGAGUGGAGUUUUAAUCCAUUAACAGUAAAAAAUUUGGCAAUCGGCGAUUAAAAGAAUAACAUUAUGGAAAAAAGUCUUUUCAAAUUAAGCCCCUCAAUAUAAAGUAGAGGAUUAACUCUCCUUGGAAAUAUGGAAAAGGUUAAAAUAUAAAAGAGGGCGAUUGGAUUACUGGAUCAGUGUGUGUUCUUGUUUUCAAAGAUCUGUGCAUACCUGCGUUUAGUCAGCUCGGAGAUGAAGUUACAAAACUUUUAUUAUUUAAAUGGAAAAGAAACGAAUUACUCCAUUCUCCUGAAAGAGUUGAAAUCAGCAGAGCCACAUCUUCCCCCUGAGCACAAUAAUUUGUUUAAUAUUGUCAUUGAUAGUGAGCCUGGAAUAAGUGAAACCAGUUCGACUGUAUCUAGUUUAAACGAUUUGAGUUCCGAUUCCUCAACUUUAAGUGAUUGCGAGGACAAUAGUUUUGAUUUCGGAAUUUGGGGGUCACAAGCCUCGACUUUGAGCGAGGUGUAUACGUCGGCUUUAACGGUAAGCAAUUCAGAGGAAAACAAUUCACGGUUGACAAUUGGGGAUACGAUACCACUUGUUCAUUCAGAAGAAAAGAUUACAUGGGAUUUUGGAAACUAUCAUGUACAGGGGGAAGAUCUCAAUGUUCUUAUAUCACACUUUCACAAAUCUAAACAAGUAUUAGAAGAACAUUCUUAUUGUAAGCGGUAGCAUUGAUUUGAUUUUGCUUAAUCCGCAUUAAUUUAUGCACAUCUAGUCAAUAAAUCUGUUAAGCCACUUAAA